AUGCUACUUGCUCAGCCUCAACUUGAUGCUGUAGUCAACCAGCAAGUGGCAGCAGUGGAGCCCCGGCCUGCUGAGCCUGAGAGGAGAACCCAGGAAAGCAAGAGGAAAAGGGAAGACGGUGAGGACGGGCACCCCAGUAGAGGCAAAAGCUUCAAGCUCCACAGUCAACCCUCAACCAACCUCUUUAGCAGUGACACCAACAGUAAAACACAAGAGGGAGAAAUGGAGUCAGCAUCUCCCUCCACUCCUGGCUCAUAUUUGAUUGUCCGGCCUGCCUCUGUUGUGGUUGGACUUCUGUCUCCAUUCUCAUUCCUGGGAGAUCUCAUCAGCAGGAUGCCUGAGCAAGUACAAGAGAGAAAACCAAAGAUCUCAGCUUCCAGAAAGUUGAUGCUCAAAAGUCUGAUGGUGGCGAGAGCUAAGGAGCAGUUGGAGCAGGAGGUCCUUGUUAAAGAGGAGGAGAAACAGAGCUAUCUGGCAGAGAAAGCUCCUCCUUUAAGCACCACCAGCCUGAGUGUUGCUCAGCUACAGGAUCUCUGCAGAGAACUUCAUUCAAAGAUAGACGUGGUGGAUGAGGAGCGAUAUGAUAUUGAAGCCAAAGUCAUGCUUAACACACGUGAAAUUAAAGACCUGAGCAUCAAGGUGUUGGACCUCAGGGGGAAAUUCAAGAGGCCUAACCUGCGACGCGUUCGUGUUUCUGCUGAUGCCAUCCUUCGCUCCCUGCUGGGCUCCAAGCAUAAAGUCUCCAUGGACCUUCGAGCCAAUCUCAAGUCUGUCAAGAAAGAUGACACCGAGAAGAAAAGGCCAGUGGAGGACAGCGACUGGAGGAAGAAUGUGGAGGCCAUGUCAGGGAUGGAGGGCAGGAAGAAGAUGUUUGAUGCUGCUAAAGGCUCAGCUCAGUGAAGCCUUAAAGUCGGCUGCUGUCAUAGGAGGGCUGUGCUGUUCCCCCACCAGAUGUAUUGCUGUUUGAUUCUGUUAUCCUUCUAUAUAGUCCUGCCGUGAAAAUGAGAACAUAUCCUCACUCUCUUGAAUGAUUGUCUAUCUAGCGGUCUGUAUUGCAGAUAAUAUUGUCGGCCAUGUUGAGGUUCUCUCGCAUGAUGCUGUAUGCCACCCUCAAAUAUCUGAGUCAAUGAUCACACCAAAUAGUUUGGAUUUGUAAACUGCCAAACAAAUUAUGUGUAUUUUCUCAGGAUUGGAUAAAAACUUAGACAACUCGGUUAGUUAACAUUUGCUCCAAUCAGCUAUCACCACCGUCUAUCUCUAUUUGAAACGUUUAGUUAAAUCAUGUAGUUCUGAAAUAUUCACCCUUCCUUAGAUAUCGACAUGAAGCCCAGAUCCAAGAAUCAACCCAAAAUGUCACUCCACAUUCAAAUUAGACUAUAUAUCUAGCUCAUCAUAUGAUAAGUUAACUUAGCUAGCUUUGCUACUAAAUGAAAAACCCUGGAUUUGUGUGGAUUUAAACUUUUAAAUCCAAGUGCAGCAAAGUGUAGAAAUAUAGAAAUACAAAUAAACACCAAGAUGGAUUGUGGUUAUGAACCUUGACUUAAUGAGUUGCUUGUGUUAAAUAAAAUAAACUGAAUAACCUACAAUGAUACCAAAAAGCAAAAAACACAGAGGCAAACAUACAAAUGAUCAUAGCCACUCUUACAUGCUGAAACUUAUUUCAAGACUGAGCUGCAUGUUAAGUUGCUCAUAUUUGCCAAUAUGCUUAUGUACUUGUCCUGGAGUGUUAGGAGCCUGUUUUGCAUGCCCAUAAAAAACAGUUCACUGUCUUAUCAAGCUGAACAGAAAAAGCAUUUGUCAUGUGCCAAUAAAUACAUUUCCCAUGGGA